GGUUCUCUCUCUACUUCCCACACGGAGGAGGAGGAGGGAGCGGCCGUGAAUAGAACAACUCAAGCCGGGGACGUGUGAGCUUGGUACUUGGUGCUUGUGUGUGUAACGGACAGAGAGAAGGAGCAGCUCGUUUAUUUAAGCCUGCUUUUGUGCUGACCGUGCUACUUAAACUAGCAGCGACGCAACCUUUGGACUUUUUUUUUUUUUUCCUCUCUCGAAGCUUCCGAGUCGACUAGACGAGGGAAGCACCUGUUCCUGUGUCGGCUGCUGAACGGAGACGGAGGACCGACGUCCUCCCACACUUCCCCACCGGAGCGAGUGGAUGAAUUCGGUGGAUGAAGGUCUGUGUGACGCUAAGCGGGGGGCUUUGGACGGUGGACCCCCCUCUUUAGCAAGCGAGUCCAGCGAGGACGAGCAGCACAUUCCGGUCAUCAUGUGCACGCGGGGUUAUCCUGACUCCUUACCCAGCAGCCCACUGUUCCCUGGAGAAGAAGAGGAGGACGAGGGCAAGGAGAGAGACUCAGACCGAGACAGCGCAGUGGAGAGCACCCAAGGGUCCGACACCUCGGAGGGUCCCACCAGACUGGGGGAUAAAGAAGACAUCUUGGGGGAUCUCUUCUUCCCCGCUGAGAAGACAAGCGGCACAAGCAACUCCGUUACCUCUGAUCUGUCAACACGCUCCUCGGCUUCCCUGAACGAGGAGCAGUUUGAGGACUACGGGGAAGGGGAGGAGCCUGACUACGCUCCCAGCAGUCCCUGUCUAGACGACGAGACCCGCAUCAACGGAUACUCCGAUCUUGGCUCAUCCGUGUCCUCAAGUGCGGGCCAAACACCUCGAAAGGUGCGUCAACAUUACCCUAGUGAGAUGGUGGACAUCUACUGUUCUCAGUGCAGCAAAAAAGUCAACCUGCUGAAUGACCUGGAAGCACGUCUCAAAAAUCUCAAGGCCAACAGCCCCAACAGGAAAAUCUCCAGCACAGCCUUUGGGAGGCAGCUGCUCCACAACAGCAACUUGAGUAGCAGCAACGGCAGCACCGAGGACCUUUUCCGAGAUAGCGUCGACUCUUGUGACAUCGACAUCAAUGAGAAGGUGAACUCUUUGGAGAAGAAAGUUGCAGAACUAGAGAAUGAAAUUUUGUUGAACGGUGAUCUGAAGUCCAAACUGAAGCAGGAUAACACGCAUUUAGUACACAGAGUUAAUGAGCUGGAGGAGCAGCUGAAAGACCAGGAGACCCGUGAGAACCAAAAUCUGCAGGGGGAGUUGAAACGACACAGAGAGGCCUUCAGCAAGAUGGAGCAAGACAAAAACACACAGAUUGAGCUGCUGAACAGCCGACUUAAGCAGCUGGAGGAUGAGAAAAAUGAAAUGCACGUUAGCAUGUGCAGACUCAAGACGCACACAGAGAAAUUGGACGAGGAGAAGCAAAGGAUGACAGAUAAGCUAGAGGACACCAGCUUGCGUCUGAAGGAUGAGAUGGACCUGUACAGGAAAAUGAUGGACAAACUGCGGCAGAGCAGGAACCAGUUCCAGCAAGAGAAAGAGGCCAUGCAGGAGCUGAUCGAGGACCUGCGGCGAGAGCUGGAGCACUUGCAGCUUUUCAAGCUGGAGGCAGAGAAACCCGGACGAGGACGCAGCUCGUCUUCUAGUUUGUCCGAAUACAACAGCAGGACCAGGGAGGUGGAGAUGGAGUACGAGGUCAAGAGGCUCAAGCAGGAGAACCAGAGGCUGAAGGAGCAGAACGACGAGCUGAACGGUGAGAUUCUCAGCCUGAGCCUGUACGAAGCCAAGAAUCUGUUCGCCACGCAGACCAAGGCCCAGUCUCUGGCUGCAGAGAUAGAGAACGCCUCCAGAGACCAGUUAAUGGAAGCCCUGAAGGAACAGGAGGAAAUCAACAUGCGGCUGCGGCAGUACAUGGACAAAAUCAUUCUAUCCAUCCUCGAUCACAAUCCGUCCAUCCUGGAGAUCAAGAAAUAGCAGUGACUCUGUUUCUUAAGAGUCUGUACAGAACAUGAGACACCCUGUAAUGGAACAUAAACAACUGGAAUAUCGCCCCCUGCUGUUUGUGGAUUGAAAAACAGGGACAUAAAGGGAAGUGACUUCAUGGUUAUGCUGCUGUGACUCUUGAACGUCAUCCACCCUUUUUCUACUCUAUCUGUGCUGUGAAGACUACUUGCUGUACUGGACUAUGUGCGCACAGGUAUGAUAACUGGAACAUUGUAAACCAGUGGACGUGUGCAUUGCUAUCAUCUGUUGUCAUAUUAGUAAACGGAGCGGUUUGCUCAGUGUAGGCCAAUAGUUAAGCGCUGUGAGAUGUAUGGCCAGUGUACUACCAUCUGAUCUGUAAGUGGCUAUGUUUAGAGUCAUGCAGGAGAAUAAUAAUUAAAAAAAAAAAAAAAAGAUAUUGAGUGAUGUUUGGCAUUGGCAUGUCUGAAAAGAAGGUUGUGAAAUGUGGAAAAGGUGGUUAGAGAGAACUUUAGAAUGAAAUGGGUCACGUCGCCAAAUGAAGGAGGGUUUAGGUGAAGUCAAAGGAGGUUAUAUUUGUGUCUAAAAUGUCUUCCAAGAACUUUGCAAUGACACAUGCUGUGUCACUCACUCCUCUCAAGGUUUUUCUUCAUGGGUUUUGUCAUAUGUCGUCACUUUAGGGAGAGGAAGGUGCACCCACCCGGAGGAAUGUCUUUAAACAGGAAUUUAGGUAAAUGCCAUUAUCUCGCACCUCCCCAAGGUUUGAAAUCUUAAACGGCUGUUAGCAAUAAUAAUCUCAACAGAAAUGGGACAAGGUGGAAAGAAUGUGACCACUUCUGUUUGUCGCUUUGGCGUGGGACUAACGACAUGACCACACAGCCCGAAUGGUUGUGUGAAUUUUUAUAAAAGUGUAAAUAUCAUGAAUGUACAUGUUGAUAUGCGCGAAGGGACAACAAAAUGCUGUACUAUGUAAUUAACUGAAACUUGAGUAUUGCUUCCUUGCACAAAAAUGGUUUGUUUUCCCUCUGCAUGGUUCAUACUUUCUGUCUGUGCCUUGGGAGGACGCUUUUCAGAAGGGUACGUUCUAUGUCUUAUCAUUCUCCUAACUUGGAAAUGUUGGAAUUACAUAGUGAUUAUUUGUAAACGUGCCACUGGCUCGUCUUUUUCAAGAAUCUAUAUUGUACGAAUCUUAUCAGGAAAGAACAUGCAAUGGCUUAAGUGUCCUAUUGGUAGACUCAUAGCACAAUGCAUUGUGUGGUAGCCGGGCAAAGGUUAGCGUUUUUGUCAAUUUAAAAAUUUUAUAACACUGUGGGAGAAUGAUUUUAUUGCAUUUCUACACUUGUUAUUGCUCACAGAAAGUCCAUAUAGUUUCAAUUGCUUUAUGGGUAGUAAACAGUCUUCCUAAUCUGAACUCAAUGGUGAGCAUAGUGAGCAAUUUUAAGUUAUCCACAAAUACCUGCUGUUUUGCGUCUUGCUUAGCAAAUGGUUUCACUCGGGCUGUUUGUACCAUUCAAGAGUUGAAAUUAAAGGAGCACAUGGAGCUAUUAAAAUAUACCACAUUCA